AUGGCUGAGCGCUCCAAGAUUGAACUCUUCAUCAAGGUAAGAGUCAGAAUCCUAACCUGCCUCCAAUGGAGACUUUAAUAGGCCUACUGUAUUUUGAACUUUAGUCCUGUUUUAGAACAACAUGUUGUACAUUUUAGUUCUGGAAACAGCGUACAGCAAGGUUUGAAUACAUAUUUGUUCAUACAUAUGUAGGAUCUUAAUUUGAGCCAGUUUGCUACAGCAGGAAAGGAAUCCUGAAGCAACAGGAAAUAGGAAUUAUGAUGUGGAUUGUAAAAAAAAAUUGACAUUUUUGUAGGGGUUGAUACAUUUUUUUCGUAUGGGAAAUCAAGUCCAAAAUGUAAAAGUGGAAAUUACAAACGUCAGAAGCCUUUUUAAACCUCAAAUACAUUACACAUUUUAAAUGUCUUGCAUUGCAGGAAAGUUCUCCAGCAACAGGGUGAUCCUUACAUCUGUAAAUAUACAGUGGGGAGAACAAGUAUUUGAUACACUGCCGAUUUUGCAGGUUUUCCUACUUACAAAGCAUGUAGAGGUCUGUAAUUUUUAUCAUAGGUACACAAAAAUCCAGAAAAUCACAUUGUAUGAUUUUUAAGUAAUUCAUUUGCAUUUUAUUGUAUGACAUAAGUAUUUGAUCACCUACCAACCAGUAAGAAUUCCGGCUCUCACAGACCUAUUCGUUUUUCUUAAAGAAAACCUCCUGUUCUCCACUCAUUACCUGUAUUAACUGCACCUGUUUGAACUCGUUACCUGUAUAAAAGACACCUGUCCACACACUCAAUCAAACAGACUCCAACCUCUCCACAAUGGCCAAACCAUAGAGCUGUGUAAGGACUUCAGGGAUAAAAUUGUAGACCUGCACAAGGCUGGGAUGGGCUACAGGACAAUAGGCAAGCAGCUUGGUGAGAAGGCAACAACUGUUGGCGCAAUUAUUAGAAAAUUGAAGAAGUUCAAGAUGACUGUCAAUCACCCUCGGUCUGGGGCUCCAUGCAAGAUCUCACCUCGUGGGGCAUCAAUGAUCAUGAGGAAGGUGAGGGAUCAGCCCAGAACUACACGGCAGGACCUGGUCAAUGACCCGAGGAGAGCUGGGACCACAGUCUCAAAGAAAACCAUUAGUAACUCACUACUAUGGAUUAAAAUCCUGCAGCGCACGCAAGGUCCCCCUGCUCAAGCCAGCGCAUGUCCAGGCCUGUCUGAAGUUUGCCAAUGACCACCUGGAUGAUCCAGAGGAGGAAUGGGAGAAGGUCAUGUGGUCUGAUGAGACAAAAAUAGAGCUUUUUGGUCUAAACUCCACUCGCCGUGUUUGGAGGAAGAAGAAGGAUGAGUACAACCCCAAGAACACCAUCCCAACCGUGAAGCAUGGAGGUGGAAACAUCAUUCUUUGCGGAUGCUUUUCUGCAAAGGGGACAGGACGACUGCACCGUAUUGAGGGGAGGAUGGAUGGGGCCAUGUAUCGCGAGAUCUUGGCCAACAACCUCCUUCCCUCAGUAAGAGCAUUGAAGAUGGGUCGUGGCUGGGUCUUCCAGCAUGACAACGACCCGAAACACACAGCCAGGGCAACUAAGGAGUGGCUCCGUAAGAAGCAUCUCAAGGUCCUGUAGUGGCCUAGCCAGUCUCCAGACCUGAACCCAAUAGAAAAUCUUUGGAGGGAGCUGAAAGUCCGUAUUGCCCAGCGACAGCCCCGAAACCUGAAGGAUCUGGAGAAGGUCUGUAUGGAGGAGUGGGCCAAAAUCCCUGCUGCAAUGUGUGCAUACCUGGUCAAGCCCUACAGGAAACGUAUGAUCUCUGUAACUGAAAACAAAGGUUUCUGUACCAAAUAUUAAGUUCUGCUUUUCUGAUGUAUCAAAUACUUAUGUCAUGCAAUAAAAUGCAAAUUAAUUACUUAAAAAUCAUACAAUGUGAUUUUCUGGAUUUUUGUUUUAGAUUCCGUCUCUCACAGUUGAAGUGUACCUAUGAUACAAAUUACAGACCUCUACAUGCUUUGUAAGUAGGAAAACCUGCAAAAUCGGCAGUGUAUCAAAUACUUGUUCUCCCCACUGUACAUAAUAGAAAAGCAAACAUUUUAUCAUAUGUCCGUCCAGCUGUAUUUGUAAGUCACAUGGCUAGUUGCUAUAACUACAAGAAAAUUAGCAUGUGGUAAGCAUUCAGCUAUAAUGUGGAAAAUAAAAACACUGAUUUGAAAAGGUUGUUUUUAGAUGGAGCAAUGUAACCUCUUAGUAAAAGCUUGUUGUUUACAUUAUAUCCGGUACAGUUACUGAGUAUCGGUGUGUUUCUGUGAGAAGCCAGGUCAGGUGAACAGAAACUGAUAAGAGGCUUGUCCAGUUUGGAGGCUUUAUCCCCUGCUGCUGAAAAUGCCUCAGCUUCCUCACAUUCCAAUGACUCAGUUAUGUUGAUUCUCAAAGAUUACAUCAUAGGAUGUACAUGUGUUGUAAAAAGUGCUAUAUAAAUAAAAAUGUAAGACUUUACAUUACUGUGUCCUUAUUACAGUGUAAUUACGUUAGUAAGUAAAGUGUAGAAAGUACUAUAGCAAUUCAUUGUCUUUGUUACACUGUACUGACAUUAUGAAACAAUUGUAAAAAAAAAACAAAUUACUGACGGAUUGAAGAGACAAUUUUAUUCUGUCCAUUUUCCUUCUCUAUCGCACACCCCUCCACCCGAUAGGCCAGUGAUGAUGGGGAGAGUGUGGGGAACUGUCCCUUCUGUCAGCGACUCUUUAUGAUCCUCUGGCUGAAGGGGGCCAACUUCACCCUCACCACAGUAGACAUGAAAAGGUAUAUAUGUGGCUUUCACUCUCACGCACAUACACUCUCCACAAUGAUGCACUUAAAGCAACAGUUCAAUCCAUCCAAGCCAGGCAUGAAUCUAAGAGCUUGUCCAAACAAGGUAUCCUCAAAAGUAAUUGGUAACAACUACUUAUGAACUGCUAAUGCUGAUAGAAGAACUAGAGGAUUGUGUGUGAUAGAUGAAGUGUGCAGUUGAGGGAUUUUCUCCCUCAUGUGUUUCAUCUGGUCCCCUUGCUGUCAGGGCUCCAGAAGUGCUGAAGGACCUGGCCCCGGGCUCUCAGCCCCCGUUCCUCAUCUUCGGCGAGGAGGUGCGCACCGACACCAACAAGAUCGAGGAGUUCCUAGAGGAGGCACUGGCUCCGCCACAGUGAGUGUGUGAUGAACUUCAACAGGCAUAAAUGCAUGCACACACACAUACAUACACACACACACACACACACACACACACACACACACACACACACACACACACACACACACACACACACACACACAUAGACACACUCCAAAUGAGACAAGUACUUAAUAAAUAACUGUUUAUUACAGGGCAAUUAACCUCUUUGCAGUCAAAUGUAUCCUCCACUGGCUCUACUAACUCAGAAAGCUGAGAGCUAAUGGCAAUACCUUUCCAGGUACCCCAAGUUGUGCUGUCGCUACAAGGAGUCCAACGGUGCUGGAGAUGACAUCUUCCACAAGUUCUCUGCAUACAUCAAGAACCCUAACCCUGGACUCAACGAUAGUAAGAGCCCCUCCUUGUUUUGAAGUCACUGAGUCAUUGAAACAGUAUGUACUGUAUUACAGUGAUCGUAGUUCCAGUUUUUUAUGAGGCUUUCCUGCUUCUCAGUGCUUGAGAUGAAGUUUCUGAAGAGCCUGAUUAAGUUGGAUCAGUACCUGCUGACGCCACUCCUACACGAGCUGGACCAAAACCCAGACGCCCCCCGGUCCUCACGGCACUAUCUGGACGGGAACUCACUCAGUCUAGCUGACUGCAACCUGCUGCCCAAGCUCAACAUAGUCAAGGUUAUCAGAUCAAGCGUUCCAGGAACUCAUAGACCACACCACCUUUGCUAGUGUCAUCUAUUGUACUUUCCCCUAUUCUGCUCCUCUCUGUUGGAACCAUUUCAAUCUCUAUCAAGAAGGGCAAAGGUGUAUUCCUUGUAGUUAUAGGUGUACUCAGAUGUGUAGCUAUGGUUUAAAUAAUGAUAAUUGGGCUUUUUAUUAGUCUGUAUGACUGCAUACUACAAGUACCACUAGCACCACUGUGCUACUAGUAAACAGAUGAAAAUGUUGUUCAAUGUUGUUCAGUGUGUGUCUGUCAUGUUGACUCCCUAUCCCCCUCUCUUGCUCACCACAGGUGGUGUGUAGGAAGUACCGUGACUUUGAGAUCCCUGUGGCUCUGACCGGUCUGACCCGCUACCUGACCAAGGCCUACCAGCAGGAUGAGUUCCGCUAUACCUGCCCCAAGGACUCCGAGAUCCUACUGGCCUACCACUCGGUGGCCAAAUACCUCAACAAGUAG